GCGCCAAUAAUACCCCCAAUAUCAUCCUCGCCAAGAACAACGACGACGACGACGGCGACGACAACAACACCAACAACAACAACAACAACAACAACAACACCAUCAAUAACAAUAACAAUAACAAUAACAAUAACAAUAACAAUAACAAUAACAAUAACAAUAACAAUAACAAUAACAACAACAACAACAACAACAACAGAAACACAGCGUCCAACGCCCCGAGUGCUGCUAGUCUCAGCCGCAGGAAGCAGUCCAAAAGCCGUAAUGGUACCGCCUCGCCUGGCUAGCCACCCUCGACAUGUCACCUUGCUGACACUGUGCCUAGGCUGCAGUACUUGCAAAGCAAAGCGCCUGAAGUGUGAUGAGAAGAAGCCCACCUGCGACCAGUGUGCCAGGCGUGCUGUGCCCUGCGGUGGCUACAAAAAAGAAUUCAAGUGGAAGCUGUUUGAAGAGCCCACCGGCAAGGCGAGACCGACUGCCAGGUCUCAGAAAUCACGCUUGCCUGCCCAACCCUCCCCGGCAAGCAUCCACUCUGCUGCACAAUACCACCAUGACGCCAGCUCAUCCUACCCUGCCUACUAUGCUCCGCCUCAGCCCUCUGCCCCCUUGAUGCACAACCCGCCCAUCUGUACAUCCUUUUCCCAGCCAUCGUUUACGCCACGGGAAGAUCCCGUCACUGCCCCGGCGCCAUCGGCCUUCCUGACUACCCCUCAGCUGAUAUCACCUGUCGACUCGCAUGCACCAGUCUCUUUGGCAUCAUGUAGCAUGUUUGGCUCUGAGAGCACCGGAAACACCAAGACGACAGCUGGUUCUAGCGUCUCAUCGGGUCAAUCACCCCGUCUGGUAGAUCUCCUUAUGCCAGGGACAGACCUCAGCGUACCUCCAGAGGAGUACUCGUCGUUCCUGACCCAACAUGAAGCCUUCUAUCAGCCCACAGGCUUGACGCCACCACCGCCCAUGGGCGAUGACCAUGGCAUUGAAGAACUAGUGCGCGAGGCUCACCAAGCUCCGGCAACCUGGGUCGUGCGACUGUCUUCUCCUGCCUCGUCAAGCUCAAACGGAUCGUCGCCAGACUCGCCAGAGUUCCGAAUACCUGCUCACAUACCACUGCCACCCUGGUCACCAGACUCUCUAUCUCGGCGCUACCAUCGCGAUACAUGCGGCGUGCUGUCCCUCAAAGACGGCCCCACUGAGAAUCCAUGGCGCACUCUGAUCUGGCCGCUGACCCAAGAAUGCCCGGCACUCUAUCACGCCAUCAUCUCCAUGACGUCGUUCCAUCAGUCCAAAGACACGCCCACCCUACGCAUCCAAGGCAUUGACCAUAUGCGAAGUGCGGUCCAUGCGCUGGCUGCAGGUCUGCAGGACAUGCGCGUCGACGCUGCCAUCUCAACAACCCUCGUACUCGCUUUUGCUGAGUCUUGGGACCAGCACAUCAGCACAGGCAUCAACCACAUCAAAGGCGCAAAGGUGCUGAUCAACCAAGCACUCAUACAGCACCGCCAAAUGCCCCUGCAGGGCGAGGAAUGGGCUCGCUUGAAGUUCCUGUGCAAUACCUGGAUCUACAUGGACGUCCUCGCCCGUCUGACUUCGACCGACGAAGAUGAGACUUAUGAUGUAGACAUGGUCCAAGAAAGUAUCUAUGCAACCGGCGACACAGACUCGACCCUUGAUCCCCUCAUGGGCUGCGCACAUACCCUCUUUCCCAUUGUUGGCCGUGUGGCAAAUCUGGUGAGAAGGGUGCGAAAGUCUGACAGCAAUGGUCCUGAAAUCAUAUCCCAGGCAGCGCAGCUCAAAGCCGGGAGGGGAGUGCAAGGCAGGUGCACAAGCGUUGGGCAGGGUCUAGAGAUGCUGUGCCAGGUGUGCCAGCACGCUGAUUACAGGCGCCCAGGUAGUGCAAGGGGGGGGGGAGGUACUUGA